CAUGAGCGGCGGCUUCAACUUCGGACAGCCCUCCACGGGUUUUUCUUUCGGGGUAGCGAAGACCACAGCGCCCGUGGCGUCUACCGUGGGCUUCGGCCUCACAACCUCAACUCCCGCAGGCAGCGGUGGCGGCUUCUCUUUCGGCUCGUCCACCCAGACUGUUGUUAGUAGUAACCCGUCCGGCGGUUUUAGCUUCGGCACCCCGGCGAAGAGCACCGCCGCCGGUGGCAGCCUCUCGUUCGGGACCCCUACCGCCACCACGUUCACCCUGAAUUCCGCUCCUCAGCCCGCCUCGACUGCAGGUCUCACCCUGGGCUCCACCGCGGCGCCGGCGGCGUCGUCUGGCUUCAGUCUGGGCUCGGGCUUGACCGCACCUGCCGGGGGUGGCUUCUCCUUUGGGACCUCAGCCCAAGCGCCCGCUCAAGCCCAGCCAGUAGCUCCUGCACCAACAACCACUACAAGUGCAUCAGGAGGCCUUUCAUUCGGAGGCUUCAGCUUUGGUGGAAACAAAGUCCAGGUCACAACUGCAGCGCAAACGACAAGUGCACCGGGGGCAGGCUUCUCCUUUGGGUCAAGUGCUGCCCCAAACCUCACAUUGGGUGCCCAGCCCACAACCACCACUGUAGCCCCAGCUCCACAGGGUGGAGGUUUCAGCUUGGGGAUUAAACCUUCGUCAACUCCAGCUCCCCCCGCGGUGACCCAGGUGGCUCCAUCUCUGUUCUCGGCCCCGACAACCACCACCACAGCAACCACCAGCACCGCCGCCGGUUCCGGAUUUACUUUCGGUGCCACUCCGGCUGCGACGACCACUGCGGCCAGCGGAGGUCUGUCCUUCUCGCUUAAACCUCUCGGAGCGGCUACUUCCAGCGCCACCACGGCCUCAGCCGCCCCAGCUCCGUCCACCGCAUCUGGCUUUUCGCUGGGACUCAAACCCGCAUCCGUCACCAGCGCCGUCACCAUCGCAGCGGCUCCAGCGGCAGCCGCUCUCUCGAUCGCCACUGCUCCUGCAGUGAUGACCUACACCCAGUUAGAGGGCCUCAUAAACAAGUGGAGCCUGGAGCUGGAAGAUCAAGAGCGACAUUUCCUCCAGCAGGCCACUCAGGUCAACGCGUGGGACCGCAUGCUGGUGGAGAAUGGCGAGAGGAUCACGUCCCUGCACAAGGAGAUGGAGAAGGUGAAGCUGGACCAGAAGAGGCUGAACCAGGAGCUGGACUUCAUCCUGUCCCAGCAGAAGGAGCUGGAGGACCUGCUGUGCCCGCUGGAAGAGUCGGUGAAGGAGCAGAGCGGCACCAUCUACAUGCAGAACGCUGACGAGGAGCGCGAGAGGACGUACAAGCUGGCGGAGAACGUGGAUGCGCAGCUCAAGAGGAUGUCGCAGGACCUGAAGGAGAUCAUCGAGCACCUCAACACGUCCAGCGGCCCCGCGGACACCAGCGACCCGCUUCAACAGAUCUGCAAAAUCCUCAACGCCCACAUGGAUUCUCUCCAGUGGAUCGACCAGAAUUCUGUUCUCCUGCAGAGACGAGUUGAGGAGGUCUCCAAACUGUGCGACAACCAGCACAAGGAGCAGGAGAAGACCUUCCGUUUAACCUUUGACUGACACCCCCCCCCCCUCCCCUUCUUUUGGUCAGCUCUCAUUCAAGAUGCAUCAUUUUCAACAGUUUUUUUUUAUAUUACAUACAAUAGAAGAAAAAAUCUCUUCCCAUGUCAAUGUCCAAAAUAAUAAAUGUUUAAAAUAUUUUGUGAAUGAAUAAAGUCAAUAGGAGAAUUCCA